AGUGUUGGAGCAAUGUCGACAGUCCUGAUGUCAGCACAUUUGUCCCACCUUCAUUUCGGAAGUGAACCAAUCAUUGCAAGCACAGCUGCAGGGGUAAAAUUUACAACGCUUGUGUUCGCAAACGUGCUGUGAAUGGACCAUGUGGUUAUCUGGAGUUUGGCACAGAAAUGUUAUUUUUAAAAGGUUGUGCCACCAGAGAAAUUGGCCAAAUUGCUUGUGACAGAAGCAGAAUAGAAAGUGAAACAAAAGUGACUUUCCCUGAUGGUCUGGAAUUUAAGUUUUGCAUCCUGUUUGGUUCACCAAAACCUUUGGUAGGGUUUGGCCAAGUUUUCCCCCAGACAUCUAGACAAACUGCCCCAGUUCAGUCAACAUCAGCUGCAUUCCACUAAGCAUUUCCCUUGUUUUGGACAUUCAUGUACUGAGAUGGAGCACCUUACUAUGACAGGUACUGACUGCAGGUAAUGUGAACAAGCAACAUUCCUCACAUAAGAGUUCUGGAAAUCCAGUUAUCUGAGCAGGGAUGCAUCGUUCACGCUCUGGGAUUUAAAAAAAAAAUUUCAGCCUGUGUUUCGUACAGGCCCACUUCUUCUGGCUGUCCAACGCUGUUCCUGGAGAUUUCAUCCUGUGUGUUUUCAUUUCAACGCUAACUUGGGACACUUGUUUGAUUCUUCUAAUCGGCUCAAUGAGAUCGCUAGCUGUUUAAUGAUGUGUGCUUUGUUAGUUCAAGUGAACUGCUAGGAGGGUAGAUCUCCAUGAACUGGGUUUGGCAGCCCUGAUUUGGCUCCUAAAUACGUUUCUUACUACCGGCUGGCAUUACAAUAGCUGGUAUAGGGCGAUUCUUAAAUCUAAAGUACAUCUACUUAAAGUAGCUGCAAAGCAUGCUAUGGGCUACAACAAUCGUAUUAUUUCCGUCUGAAGAGCCUUACUUAAUAUUUAUUCAAAGUUUUUUUUGUUUUUUAUAAAGUAGUACCCUACUCUCCUUUUGCGCAGCAACUCGUGAGCUAUCGGUAAUCGUUAAAAAAAUGAAACAUUACUUGCACUGUCGGAGGUGUUUCCUCGUAAAUCUAUUGACUGUCAUGUUCCCUGGAGCUACGGGGUGUGGAAAUGGCUUGUAUGCUUACACUGGGGAUGAAAUGUGCACUUUUGUACAUGCUUAGAAGAACUAUGCACUUUCCGAAUUUUUUGUAUUUUAUUUUAUUCUCUACUAGGAUCUAUCCAGUGAUAUUCCAAAGCAGUAAAUUCAUGCCAUACUAAAUAUAGACAUUCCUCUGGCAUGUGGCUGCGAAACACGGGACUAGGAUUGAAGUACUUUGCGAGAAAUCGUGCACUGUAUGAAGUGGAGCGAUGGGGGAUAUUUUCUGAUUGAGAGAUUGAACCUAUGUCAUGACUGUGUACAUUUUGAACUCUCGGUGCAAAGUUAAGGGGGUUCUGGCGCAAAAUGGCUGCAUUGUCACAGGUGAGUACUGGCAUCAGAUUUGUGGAUGAGGUGCCUCUUGGAAUGAAAACCAGCACCUAUUUACUGUGUACACGUUCUCUGGAAAGCAGUAUGGCAACUAAGAAACCCGUUUUGUAGUUAGAACUUCCCGGAAGUCGAGAGGACCUGCGAGAUGAUCACCCUUGACAGCGACGCCAUUUCGUAGCUAAUUUCAUUCAUUGGCAGUGGAGCUGGCGAGACUGGAGUAGGAGCCCUUCGACGUGACCAUGGUCAAGAUAUUCAUCGGAAACCUGUCCCAGGACACCACGGCAGAGGAUCUUCGUUCUGUCUUUUCCCAAUAUGGAACGGUCACCGAGUGCGAUGUGCUGAAGAGAUACGGCUUCGUGCACAUGGACAGCAGGGGGGACGCCGAGGAGGCCAUCCGCAACCUGAACCAGAAAGAUCUGAACGGUAUGGCCAUGAACGUAGAGUUGAGUCGCGGCAAGUCAAAAGCCUCCACCAAGCUGCACGUCAGCAACCUCAGCAGUGGCUGCACCAACCAGGAGCUGCGCUCAAAGUUUGAGGAGUUUGGGCCGGUGGUGGAGUGCGACAUAGUGAAGGACUACGCCUUUGUGCAUAUGGAGCGUGUAGAGGAUGCGAUGGAGGCCAUCAGUCGGCUGGAUAAUACGGCCUUCCAAGGGAAGCUGAUGAGCGUGCAGCUGUCGACCAGCCGCCUCCGCCCAGCCCCCGGGAUGGGAGACCACACGGGCUGCUUCGUCUGCGGGAAGCCGGGGCACUGGUCCAAGGACUGCCACCUGGCUCAGAACGGCGGCUUCGGACCGGGAGGCCCCGGGGGCAGGGGCGGGGGCGGUUUUGGCUUUGGCUUCGCGGGCGGCAGGGGCUUCCCGAGGGGCGGUCCGGGCUUCGCCCGGGGCGGGCCGGGAUUCCCUGCCGGUCCUGGAAUCCCGAGAGGGCCGGUGCCCGGCCACUUCGGAAACUUGCCUUUCGGGCCGAGGGCGGGGUACGCGGGGGAGAUGCUCGCGCCCCCCGUUAGCUUCAGCCGCCGGCCUAGCUACGAGCCCGCGGGUCAGUACGCCUUGGACCCGGCUCAGAGCGCGUACGGCGGCCGCCCGGAGAGCGCUUUCCCCAAGACCGGCGGCGCUGCGUACGAGAGCGAGCCGCGCUACGGCGGCGUGGACUUCUACGAGAAGUUCCGGGCCCGUCCGUACGCCACCGGCGGCUACGACGAGGACCGCCGCCCGUCCUCCCUCCCCGCCGCGUCCCCCGCCAUCUCCAGGGAGCGCCUGCCCCCCUCCGCCCUCGGCUCCUACGACCGCCGGCCGCUGCCCCCUGCCGCCUCCUCGUCCGGCUCCUCGUACUAUUCGCGGGAGCGGAGCCCCAUCCGCCGAGCGCCCUCCUCCGGAGACGGCGCCCUGUACGAGCGCUCCCGCUUGUCCCCGCUGUCCUCCCUCUCCAGGAGCUCGCCGUAUGACAUGCCGCGGGCCAGGGACCCCUAUAGCGACCGGGCGCGCUACGCUUACUAACAGCUCUUACUGUCUGCAAGCUGCGGGAGGCGCCUUUGGAACCGCUCCUCCGACCACGUGUGGCAUGUCGAGAAGAGAGUACUUUUGCUAAAACUCCCCGCUGUGUCAAGAGCGAUGUGAUGAGGAGGCGAAGGGUUGUUCCCUCAUUUUUUUAUUCCAAACACUGGAUUCAUUCAUCUCUCAACCAGCUAAACAAACAUAACUUUAUGUACUUAGAGAAAAAAAAAAAAAGAAGGGAUUUGUUGCUUUCUAUUCACUCAAUUGCUGCAGACAGCACUUGCAGAAAAUAUAUUAAUUUGCUUUAACUGACGUAGGUGCAAUCAUUACCUGUCUUGUCGUGAACGUUUUGGUUGGAUUCCAGAUGUAGUUAGUGUGUUGUAUUUGUGUUCAUGCACUUUGUUUGCUGUUCUGAUCAAACAACACUUUGGCAAGGGCCUUUUUUUCUUUUCUUUUUUCCCCAAAAAAAGAAUUCGCAUAUAAAUAUUUUUCAGUUUGGCACAUUGUAUUUUGUCACAGCUGUUAUUGCAAAUUCCACUAUUUAUUUAUAUUCUAAAGGAUACAGAUUAUCUUUAGUUAUUUUGUAUAGAAAUGUGAAAGUGGUUUGUGAGUCUUUAAAACUUUGAACCGUGAAGACAGGUGCACCUGCUAAUUUUAUUUUCCAACAAAAUGUUGAGUGUUUUGUUCUGAAUGUGAGUAGUUGUUUGAAGUGCAUGUAUAUAUUACUCUUUCUUGAAAUAAGGUAAUUUCAGGUACUGCGUGAAUAAACGGUCAAGUUGUAUGCAAAUAAGACAUUCCGCUUUUCAAAUUUAUAUAUUUUGGUGCAUCUUUUAGAAUUUUAUAUGACCUGUUAACUGUUGUGUAAAAAUGCCCCUUAUGUCACACAAAAUGGGUUUCUGCCCAAAGUGUUGCUUAAUCUAGUUCAUGGUGGCAUUUGUAUAACCAAAGGUGCAAAUAGUCAGAAAUCAAGUGUGUUUUUCCCAAAGAUGGCAAUUUCCGUGAGCAGGGGGAUUUGUACCUUUUUUUUUUUUUUUUUGAAGGGCUGUGAUGGGCAAAUGAAUGUACACCUAUUGCACGUAGUCCAGUUUUAUAGAAUGAUGACAAGUUCUGCUCUGAAUAUGCUUAAAUGAAAUGAAUAAAUGAAAGCUGGCGUAGCACGUGAGCCGCAUUUAGGGAGCUGUCCUUGUUUUGAAACUGUUAUUUGUGAAUGCUGCAGUUUAAGAGAGAAUGAGAGUCUGAUAUUCAGAGAGUUCCUGAAAUUAUAAUCCACCAACCAUAUUCUCUGCACAAGUGUACCAGCUAACCGCAUUUGAGUAGAACUAACAAUCAACCUUGACUCAGGGCUGUUCUCUUAGUUUGAGACUACAGGCUAUAGCACAUGAUCCUUCCCGAGAUGGGUGCCUUUGUUCACUUCACAUUUCUUCCUCUGCUUUGCAAUAGUUUAUAAACCGCUGACAAAAGAGACAAACUAUGUAUAUUUUUUAUGUAUGUUGCCUUUUUUUAAUAAACCAGAGUUUUUGGUGAAA